AUGUCUGACCCAGAGAAAGGAUCUCAAGAUCGGAACGAACGCAUCAAUCUAGUCAAUAAUGUCAAUGCACGGAUUCAAAAUCCCCUCCAUGGUAUUCCUCAGGACAAGCUGCUCGCCCAGGUAGAGGAGUUCACCAAGGAGAAAGAAUUUGAUGAGUACACGGAGACAUUCAAGAAGGGUGCGUUGCUUGCUCAGCGCCCUGGUGAACUCGAGACGCUGCCAUUGUUAGAUGAGGCGGAUCGAGAGGCAAUCAGAAGAGAAAGGACACACAAGUGGUCUCAACCCAAAGAUCUAUGCAUAACCAUCAUUAUCUGCUCUCUCGCUGCUGUUGUGCAGGGAUGGGAUCAGACCGGUUCGAAUGCUGCCAACCUGUCAUUCCCGACUAAGUUUGGUAUCUCUACAAACGAAGGCGACCCGAAUAGAGAACGCGAUGACUGGAUUAUCGGAGCUAUCAACGCUGCCCCUUACAUCGCAUGCGCACUCCUCGGAUGUUGGCUCACGGACCCGCUGAACAACUACCUUGGUCGCCGGGGGACAAUUUUCGUUUGCGGAAUCUUCUGUACGAUUACUGUCAUAGGUUCUGCUUUCAGCCAAACAUGGCCUCAGCUCUUUGUAUGCCGGCUGUUUCUUGGUCUCGGGAUGGGUCCCAAGGCUAGUACGACCCCCGUCUUCGCCGCAGAAUGUACACCAGCCUCAAUUCGGGGAGGGUUGGUUAUGAGCUGGCAGAUGUGGACCGCUUUUGGUAUAUUCCUUGGUUUCAGUACGAAUCUGAUCUUGUACUGCUAUGGCCCUAUUGCAUGGCGGUUGCAGCUCAUUAGCGCGGUCUUGCCGGCGGUACCAUUGGUUUUGGGUAUAUAUCUCUGCCCUGAAUCUCCAAGGUGGUAUAUGAAGAAGGGACGAUACACUGAGGCGUUUGAGUCGUUCAAGCGGCUGAGAAACACGGAACUGCAAGCCGCAAGAGAUUUGUACUAUGUCCACCGACAACUUAUGGAGGAAUACAAGGUCACCAAAGGAAUCACGUAUAUGUCCCGUUUUAUCGAGUUAUUCACUAUUCCUCGUCUCCGUCGCGCGACACUCGCUAGUUGGGUAGUCAUGAUCGCCCAGCAAAUGUGCGGUAUUAAUAUCAUCGCGUUCUAUUCCUCAACAGUGUUCAUCCGAGCACAAUAUUCCACUAGCCAGACAAUGUGGGCUAGCUUCGUCUACGGCUUAGUCAAUUGGUUAUUCGCGUUUCCUGCUGUUUGGACCAUCGAUACCUUCGGUCGGCGAAACCUGCUUUUGUUCACGUUCCCAAACAUGGCCUGGACUCUGCUCGCUACAGGGCUUUGCUUCUUGAUCCCGGAGGCAAACUCAGCAAGGGUACCGCUGAUCGCGCUGUUCAUCAUCCUCUUUACUACAUUCUAUUCACCUGGAGAAGGACCUGUACCGUACACGUACUCAGCUGAGGUGUUCCCACUUACGCAUCGCGAGAUGGGCAUGUCAUGGGCAGUUUCUACCUGUCUAGGGCUCGGCAGCCAUCCUAUCUAUCACAUUCCCACGCAUGCUUACUGCGCUAACAGAACAUUCGGGUUCUAUGCAGGUCUUAAUGUGCUCGCAUUGACAAUGAUCUUCUUCUUGGUGCCUGAGACGAAGCAAAGGACACUCGAGGAACUCGACUAUGUGUUCGCUGUGCCGCUUCGGAAGCAUGCCGCAUAUCAGGGAAGCAUUUUCCUACCAUACUGGAUCAAGAAGUGGGUGUUCGGACAGCGAGACGCUGUCCUAGAGCCACUCUACCAAUUGGAAGAGGUUGAAAGUAUAGCAGUGUCCUGA